UCUAGAGAGGUUUGUUGUCCGCGGACUGGGCGCUGUGGACAUUCGGGGAAGGAAGGCAGGGAGGGUGGAGAGAGGGCACAGCUAUUAUCCGCUCUUUACUCCCCAGCUCCGGGCUUCCUGUAAAAUCGAUACGGCCUUUACUACAUCGCAUUCAAGGCCUCUCCGUGAUUCUGGUACCUCAUAUCCUACAAGUAAGGUUUAGACUUCGUGAGAAAGACCAUAUUACUGGCAUUUUAUAUUUACGGAUACAUUUGAGAAAGAUUUAGAAAACUGGAUUCCAUUGACAAUAUGUCCAUUACAAACACGCCUACAAGCAACGACGCAUGUCUGAGUAUAGUUCACAGCUUGAUGUGUCAUCGACAGGGUGGCGAGAGUGAGACAUUUGCAAAAAGAGCAAUAGAAAGUUUGGUAAAAAAGUUGAAGGAAAAGAAGGAUGAGUUGGAUUCGUUGAUUACAGCAAUAACUACAAAUGGAGCUCAUCCGAGCAAAUGUGUUACUAUUCAGAGAACUUUGGAUGGCAGACUUCAGGUGGCUGGCAGAAAGGGAUUCCCUCAUGUCAUAUAUGCUCGCCUCUGGAGAUGGCCAGACCUUCAUAAGAAUGAACUUAAGCAUGUAAAAUACUGUCAGUAUGCCUUUGAUUUAAAGUGUGACAGUGUUUGUGUGAAUCCUUAUCACUAUGAACGUGUUGUUUCACCUGGAAUAGAUCUUUCUGGAUUGACUUUACAAAGCUCUGCUCCCUCUAGCUUGCUGGUGAAGGAUGAGUAUGGCCAUGAUUAUGUUGAAGCGCAACAGACUAUAACUACUGCAGAUGGACUUUCAAUCCAGACAAUACAGCACCCCUCAAGUAACAGGUCAUCAAAUGAGAGCUACAGCAAUUCUUCUCUGUUGGCUCCAAGUGAGCCCAGCACCCCCAAUGCCUUUGCCAGCAUUCCUGUCCCUUCAACAAGCCAACCCACCAGUUUAUUGGCAGCAAGUCAUGGUGAGGGAUUGCUUGCGAUUGCUUCAGUACCGCCCCAAGGGACGCCACAAAAUGGCUUCAGCGCACAGCCAGCAACAUAUCAUCAUAACAGUACUACAACCUGGACUGGAAAUAGAGCAGCACCUUAUACAUCUAAUAUGUCUCACCACCAGAACGGACAUCUUCAGCAUCAUCCACCCAUGCCCCAUCCUGGACAUUACUGGCCAGUUCAUAAUGAACUUGCAUUCCAACCACCAAUCUCUAAUCAUCCUGCUCCUGAGUAUUGGUGCUCAAUUGCUUAUUUUGAAAUGGAUGUUCAAGUGGGUGAGACAUUUAAAGUUCCUUCAAACUGUCCCAUUGUUACAGUCGAUGGUUACGUAGAUCCAUCAGGGGGUGACCGAUUUUGCUUAGGCCAACUCUCCAAUGUUCACAGAACAGAAGCAAUUGAGAGAGCAAGGUUACAUAUAGGAAAAGGUGUCCAGUUGGAAUGCAAAGGUGAAGGAGAUGUUUGGGUUCGUUGUCUCAGUGACCAUGCAGUCUUUGUUCAGAGUUACUAUUUGGACAGAGAAGCAGGCCGUGCUCCUGGAGAUGCCGUACACAAGAUUUAUCCAAGUGCAUAUAUCAAGGUACUUAAGUCUCACACACACAUUUGUUUCAUCUAGUACACUUUAUUUACAAAUUACUUGAUUCACAAAUUACAACAUACAAGAUACUAUCAGUGCUGAGGAAUUACUGACCCAAAAAUAUAUCACUCGGGGGUAUGUCACUCAUGUGUAUUUGAAGAUGACGGCCGCCAGCGGCUAUUUUCAGAGCAGGAUUUAUUUUUGUGGCAUGUAUGACACAAAUUACAUCUUCAGAAGCAAUACACACCACUAUGAGCUACCUGAGCAGCUAUGGUUUU